GAUAAGUGAAAGACCUGUAGAAAAAGAGCGAAUAAGACGCGGCCACGUCAAAAUGAUUUGUCACCGGACCGAAAACUAAAACGCUGAAUUGCUUGCUCCAAUUCAACAUCUCAGCAGCAGCAGCAAAAGGCAACAAGCACAAGUAGAAGCAUCAUCCAGCAGUGUCAUGUCUUCGAUUAGGUCCUUAUUGCUUCUGGCCUUUCUCCUCUUCUCUGCUCCUUUUCUCCAUGUUGCUAGAUGUCAAUCAGAGUCUGAAGCUGAAGUGGAAACCACGGAAGAUGGAGAACUUGGGAUUGUGGCUGAUGAUGUAGAUUACUCUGGAACUUUUAUUCCGGCUCCCGGUGUGGAAACAGUUUGCGUGUUCCCCAAAAAUCCAUCUAAAUCUGUCGUUGCUGGGGAACCAACUGAUCUCUUAAUCGGAUUGCAAUAUGAGGGGGAGUCAAAUCUAAAAGUUAUUGCUGUUCAUGCUAGUGUUCAUCUUCCUUAUGAUCAUAAUCUGCUGGUUCAAAAUCUUUCUACACAGGCUUUUAACAACGCUUCAGUUCCUGCCUCAGCCGUGGCAACUUUCCCGUACACUUUUGCAGUCAGCAAAUUUUUGCAGGCUGGUACAUUUGAUCUUGUGGGAACCAUUGUUUAUGAGAUAGAUCAGACUGCAUACCAAAGUACAUUUUACAAUGGUACUAUUGAAGUUGCUGAGGCGGGUGGUCCUCUAAGUGUUGAAUCUGUAUUCCUGUUUUCCCUUGGCGUGGCCCUGCUUGUCCUUUUCGGAUUGUGGGUCCGUACUCAGAUCUCUCAAUUGUCAAAGAAAACCAAGAGGGCGCCAAAGGUGGAAGUUGGCACAGCAACCACUGAUGCCUCGAUGGAUGAAUGGCUUGAGGGAACUGCAUAUACUCAGUCUAGCAAAUUGAAGAAGAAGAAGUAGAUCAGCUUUGAUGCAUAGUUUGGCUGAAUACAUUGAAGCUAGAUUCUUGCAACUCAAGUUAGGCACACCUAGAUACAAGAAGGAAGCUAAGAAGGUGAAAAGUUUUUGCCGGAAGAGUGAAACUCGAAAAGACCUGCGUUGGUGAUGUAGCAUGACAUAGAAUCUUUUAUGUUCCAUCAAUUUGGACCUUGUAAAAGUUGAGGGUUGUUUUUCAGUGCGGAGUUAAAGUAUAUUUAUAUUAGAAAAGAUACAGUUUUGUAAAAACUUUUUUCUACCAAGUGUGCCUCUUUUAGUUUUGCUUUGCA